AUGCUACCCACAACAGUUGUGUUAUAACUGGCUGGCUGGAACUUGAUUGGUUCAGGGCCACCAAUGCUGUCUCUAGCUUGGUCCCAGACUGCUUUUCCUUUUCCUGGGAAGCCGGCAGAUCUGGAGCCCGAGAGUGACCCCUAUUCUCUAAGUCUAAACAGGAAGGGACGGGAACCAUGGUGCUUGUGAGCUGCUCUCUGAGGAAAGAGUUGAUCUCCAUAUCCAGACUCCUCACUCAGCUGAAGAGCAGGGAGAGCGCCUAUCCCCGCAUGCCAACCCACAGCCUCAUCUCUGGCCAGCCAGCUCCAGGGGUGGAGGCAGCCUAGACAUGGCUUUGAAGAGCUGUUUAUGUGAAAGCCACUCCCCUUUACGGUUGAUGGGGCCCGAGGUACUCUUCCGAGAUUGCCCAGGGCUCCAGUUCAGACUGGGCAUUCCUGUCGUACUGGCACUGGGAAGGUUGCGAAAGGACCCACGGCGACAUGAUGCUCGGCCCCACUGCUCACUGCUAUUUUGGGGAACCACGGUCUGCUGACUUGCUCAGCCUAUGGCCGCAAGUUCUCCUAGAACCCCUCCUCUAAGUUAGGGCUGGUUGGGAGAGUGGGACCUCAGGGAGCCCGUGGCUAACUCCAGGGGUGUCACUGAUUCCAGAAUCAGCUUCAGGUGUCUCACUUCCUGGGCAGGUGGCUGGGUCAGCAGUGGGCGUGGGGCUUGGGUGGAGCGGAGGAGUCUGUGGGAGGGAUUUGAGAGGAAUGUGUGGCCAGUUGGCUCACCUCGUCUCUGGGUUUAAAGCUGACAGUUGUUGGUCCUGUGGCCACUUCCCCCACGUACCUGUUCCCGUGGACUUGGUCUCAUGGCUCUGGUAAGGCUCCAGAGGGUACUGGGCUCCCAUUUCUGACCUGGCUUCCCAUGUAGGGCCUGGUUGCUGCUGUUUCUAAGAGGAGCUAUGGGCUUUUCUAAGCAGAGGGAGGGAUGCUUUCCAGCCUCAGGAUCAGACAAAGGAGAAGUCAGGGCAAGGCCAGAACUGGGCUGGGGUCUGUCCUGGGAACAGGUCCCAGGCAGAACUUCCUGGAUAUGGACCCUGGGAACUCUGGGGAUCUUAUCCAGUGUUCUGGGGGGCUUCAAAAGAAGUAGCUGCUCCAUGCCUCUGACUCGGUUACUUGGCAUGUGGGAGCCCGGGGACCAUUUCAGAGAUGAACUUCCUCAGCUUUGCUCCCGACCAUGGAUCUCCUUGAACUUGACUGUUGGCACCUUUCCAGAGAUAUGGCUGAAGACCAAAAGGAAGGACCAGGCAAAGGUGGCGGGGACUUGCCUGCUCACUGUCCGUGUCCUUCAGGCUAAUGGCUUGCCUUCCAAGGACCUAGUGACAUCUUCUGACUGCUAUGUAACUCUGGACCUGCCCACAGCCUCCAGCCACACGCUCCAGACACGCACAGUCAAGAAUAGCAGAAACCCUGUCUGGAAUCAGAGCUUCCACUUCCGGAUCCACAGGCUGCUCAAGAAUGUUGUGGAACUGAAAGUCUUUGACCAGGACCUGUUGACUAAAGAUGACCCCGUGUUGUCAGUGCUGUUUGAUGUAGGGACUCUGCGAGCUGGGGAAUCUCGGCGACAGAGUUUCUCACUGAGCACUCAGGAGGACGGGCGCUUGGAAGUUGAAUUUCGUCUGCAGAGUCUGACAGACCGUGAGGAACAGCUCAUCAGCAAUGGCAUCCUCGUGGCUCGGGAGCUCUCCUGCUUGCAUGUUCAACUGAAGAAGACAGGCAACCCAGAGGGGUCAGAGAGCAGAGUUCAACUUGUGGUUGCUGGGGCCUGCGAGGGCCCACAGGAUGCCUCUGUGGGCGCCAAUUCUUUCCGCUUCCACUACCCAGCCUGCUGGGAGCAAGAUCUGAGUGUUCACCUGCAGGAUGACCCCCAGGAGCAGCUGAAGGUACCAUUACGCACCCUACCCUCUUCAGAGUUGGUGAGACUCGUCUUCCCCACGUCCCAGGAACCACUGAUGAGGCUGGAACUGAAGAAGGAAGAAGGACCAAAGGAGCUGGCAGUGCGGCUGGGCUGUGGGCUCUGUCCUGAGGAGCAGGCCUUCCUGAGCAAAAGGAAGCAGGUGGUGGCCGCUGCCCUGAAAAAGGCCUUACAGCUGGACCAAGACCUGCAAGAUGACGAGAUCCCUGUGAUUGCUGUUAUGGCCACUGGUGGUGGGAUCCGGGCCAUGACUUCUUUAUAUGGGCAGCUAGCUGGCCUGAGGGAGCUUGGGCUCCUGGACUGCAUCUCCUACAUCACUGGGGCUUCAGGAUCCACCUGGGCAUUGGCCAACCUCUACGAGGACCCAGAGUGGUCUCAGAAGGACUUGACAGGGCCCACCGAGUUGCUGAAGACCCAGGUGACAAAGAGCAAGCUGGGUGCCUUGGCCCCCAGCCAGCUGUGGAGGUACCGGCAGGAGCUGGCUGAGCGUGCCCGCCUGGGCCACCCGACCUGCUUUACCAACUUGUGGGCCCUCAUCAAUGAGACCUUGCUGCAUGAUGAGCCCCAUGAACAUAAACUCUCAGACCAACGGGAGGCCCUGAGUCGAGGCCAGAACCCUCUGCCUAUCUACUGUGCCCUCAACAGCAAGGAGCGGGGCCUGACCACCUUUGAAUUUGGGGAAUGGUGUGAGUUCUCUCCCUAUGAAGUCGGCUUUCCCAAGUACGGGGCCUUCAUCCCCUCUGAGCUCUUUGGCUCCGAGUUCUUCAUGGGGCGGCUGGUGAAGCAGCUCCCUGAGUCCCGAAUCUGCUUCCUGGAAGGUAUCUGGAGCAACCUGUUUGCAGCCAGCCUCCAAGACAGCUUGUACUGGGCCUCGGAACCCACCCAGUUCUGGGACCGCUGGGCUCAGGAUCAGGCCAGCCUGGACAAAGAGCAGGUCCCCCACCUGAAGAUUGCAGAGCCACCAGCAACAGGUGGCAGAAUUGCCGAGUUCUUCACUGGCCUCCUGACAAAGCGGCCACUUGCCCAGGCUACCCACAACUUCAUGCGUGGCCUCCAUUUCCACAAGGACUAUUUCCACCACCCCCACUUCUCCACCUGGAAAGCUACCAAACUGGAUGGGCUCCCCAACCAGCUGACACCCAUGGAACCCCACCUCUGCCUCCUGGAUGUGGGCUACUUCAUCAAUACUAGCUGCCCACCCCUUCUGCAGCCAACACGGGAUGUGGACCUCAUCUUAUCACUGGAUUACAACCUCCAUGGAGCCUUUCAGCAGUUGCAGCUUGUGAGCCGGUUCUGCCAGGAGCAGGGCAUCCCUUUCCCACCCAUCUCACCCAGCCCUGAGGAGCAGCGCCAACCUCAGGAGUGCCAUGUGUUCUGUGACCCCACCCAGCCUGAAGCCCCAACCGUGCUGCACUUCCCUCUGGUCAAUGACUCCUUCCAGGACCACUCGGCCCCUGGGGUGCCACGGACACAGGAGGAGAAGGCAGCUGGGAAGGUGAACCUGUCUUCUUCUGACUCCCCGUACCACUACACAAAAGUGACCUACAGCCAGGAGGAUGUGGACAAGCUGUUACGCCUGACACAUUACAACAUCUGCAACAACCAGGAACGGCUGCGGGAGGCCCUACGCCAGGCCGUGCAGCGGCGCAAACAGCGCAGGUCUGAGUGACAGUUGGGUUCCCUGGCAGGGUUUCCAUCUGGGAGCCUGUGACCCUCCACUCCUUCCUCUUCUGCUCUGACUUGAAGACCAGCAUCACCAAGUGCCCCAGAGCCUCUGGGGACUCUGAUGUCCAGGCACAGCACCACAGAGACAUGGGUCUGGAAUCUCCAGCGGUGGCACUGAGCCUGUCAGCCCUGUCACAGUCGAGGAUGUGAGCUGCAAGGAGAGACGCUAGGGCCUAGCACUCGGAAUGGCUUAACUCACCCCUGGGAUGGAGAGAUGGACAGUGCUGGCUGCGUGACAGGACACUGACAUGUUACAGGGCUCUUAUAAAUGGGAGAUGCUCGGGGGGCGUUGUCCCAAGAUUAUCUGUUGUAUCAGGCUCUUAGUUCCACAAGACAUCUGAUGUGAGCUCCCCUCUAGAAAAUUCUAUCCCUGUCCAGAUGAACAUACUGCCAUCUUUGUC